AUGGGCAAGCCUCAUUUAACAGGAUGUCUCAUCUUACUCUGCUAUUUGAAGGCAAAUAAAGUACACAUUCAUGAACAUAACAACGUUGUGGAAAUUGUGCAGUGUAGGAUGUGCCACCUCCAGUUCCCUGGGGAAAAGUGCUCCAGAGGAAGAGGAAUAUGUACCGCAACAGAAGAAGAGGCCUGUAUGGUGGGAAAGAUGUACAAAAGGGAUGGUACCAUCUGGUUAAGCUUCAUGGGCUGCUUAAAGAACUGUGCCAAUGUGAACAACAUAAGGUGGGGCCUCUAUCUGGUAAACUUCAGGUGCUGCCGGGGCUAUGACAUGUGCAAUGAAACAAUUUAG